GAAGAACAAAGGAGCUUUUGUGCAGUUAUUUAGUCUUGUGGAUAAUAAUUUGUCAUUUUCUAAUACGGUUAUGCAACAUCAAAUUGUUUCAUCAUGUAUAUAACCCAGUUGUAACUUGUAGGUCAGAUAGUGCAGAUAAAUGUGUCAUUUGUCAGAUGCUUUAGAACUUUAGUGCAGUCAGAGCUGGACAAAUAUCUGGCCCUUUAACCUUGAGUUCGCCGGUCCAUGGCACGCUGACCUGCAGGAAUGUGACCUGCUGCUAACAGGCCACGCCCAUCACCUGCCUCACCUCUCUUAUCAGAUGUAAAAAUGGUGCCUCGAUGGAUGUUUCACAACCCUAUUUUUGACCUGCGUUAUUUAUAGUCAGCCUUCCAGUAACAGGUACCUGCAUCCUUGUGUGUGUGCGUGUGUGUGUGUGUGUGUGUGUGUGUGUGUGUGUGUGUGUAUGUGUACACUCUGGGAUGUGUCAGAGGAGCAUCUCAGUGGGACAUGUAAUGAUGUGUGCAGCAGUGCGGCAGAACUGGGUCACAGGGAGGUGGAAAAAGAGAGAGAGAGGAAAAAAGACAGGAAGGGAAAAGGAGAGAAAACACUGACAGCUACUAAAUUCAACAGGAUGGAGGAGCUGAGUUAAAAAAAUAAAUAAAUAAAAUUAUAACCCUCUCUGCAGAGGGUUUUAAUUUAUACCACACAGUUAAAACAGGACACGUAUUAAAAGGCAUUGGUCAACAAGGUGUUAAACUGCAACAGUAUUUUUUUUUGUCUCCAUCACAUCUCUAUAGAAAUCUUCCUUGUCAGAUUCUUCCUCUCUCCACCUCCACCUCCUCCUCCUCCUCUCUCUCUCUCUCGCCUUUGUCCUCACCUCUUUGCUCCUGUUGUGCCGUUAGCCGCGACCUUGUCUGUCAUCUCCUCCUCCUCGCUGGUCCUUACUCUCUCCUCUCCUGCAGUGGCAGAAAUUGCAGGCUUCAGUGAUUGUGACAUUCUUUCAAAUGGAUGCCAUUGUUCUGCCUCAAAGCCCCUUCAACCCGGUACCACAGAGCUUUGAGUGAAAGGCAUCAGCUCCUUUUAGUGGUCUGCACUCAGGUUGGUGACGGGUGGUGUCACUGAAAGGCUUCACGAGGACUCGCAUCAGGCGCUACUCUGAGACGAUGACACUGCCGGACUCUUUCAUCCAGCGCCAGCAGCUGGAUGCCAGCAUGGCCGACACCUUCCUGGAGCAUCUCUGUCUGCUGGACAUCGACCAGGAGCCAAUCACAGCGCGCAACACCAGCAUAAUCUGCACCAUCGGUCCUGCAUCCCGAUCGAUCCCCAAGCUCCAAGAGAUGGUCAAGGCAGGAAUGAAUAUUGCUCGUCUGAAUUUCUCUCAUGGCUCACAUGAAUACCACGGGGAAACCAUCAGGAACAUCCGAGAGGCGGUGGAGACGAUAACCUCUGACCCCUUAUAUUAUCGGCCGGUUGCCAUCGCCUUGGAUACGAAGGGUCCGGAGAUCCGCACCGGAUUGGUGAAAGGGAAAGUGGAGGAGGAGGUGGAGCUGGAAAAGGGCAGCCAUGUCCGUGUGGUGACAGCAGAGAGUGAGAAAGACAAGACAGACGGGAAGAUUAUCUGGGUGGACUACCCCAGCCUGCCCAAAGUCCUCAAAGAGGGAGGAAAGAUCUACAUUGAUGACGGCCUCAUUGCACUCAAAGUAUUAGAAAUAGGUCCUGACUGGGUGGACACGGUGGUGGAGGCCAACGGGCUGCUGUGCAGCCGUAAAGGCGUUAACCUCCCUGGCUGCGACCUCAUCGGCCUGCAGGCGGUCAGUGAGCGAGACGAGGCCGACCUGAGGUUUGGGGUGGCGCAGGGCAUAGACAUAGUGUUCGCCAGCUUCAUCCGCAACGCCCAGGAUGUCAAAGAUGUGCGGCGAGCUCUGGGGGCGCACGGACAAAGCAUCAAAGUCAUCAGCAAGGUGGAAAGCCGGCAAGGCGUUCAGAACUUUGAAGAGAUCCUGGCUGAGAGCGACGGCGUGAUGGUUGCCAGGGGCGACCUGGGCAUCGAGAUCCCAGCUGAGAAAGUCUUCAUCGCCCAGAAGAUGAUGAUUGGACGCUGCAACUCUGCCGGCAAGCCCGUCAUCUGUGCCACACAGAUGCUGGAGAGCAUGGUGGCCCACCCACGGCCAACCAGAGCGGAGGGCAGUGACGUGGCCAACGCCGUGCUGGAUGGAGCCGACUGUGUAAUGUUAUCUGGGGAGACCGCCAAGGGACUGUUUCCCGUGGAGGCAGUUGCAAUGAUGCACUCGAUCUGCAGGGAGGCGGAGGCGGCCAUUUUCCACCAGCAGCUGUUUGAGGAGUUGCGUCGCCUCACCCCUCUCUCCUCUGACCCCACAGAGGUCACAGCCAUCGGAGCUGUGGAGUCCUCCUUCAAAUGCUGCGCUGGGGCCAUCAUAGUCCUCACCACCACCAGCAGGGCAGCACAUCUCCUGUCCAGGUACCGCCCUCGCUGUCCUAUUAUUGCCAUCACCAGAAGGCCUCAGACGGCUCGCCAGUCGCAGCUGUUAAGAGGAGUGUUUCCUGUCCUCUUCCACCCUCUGCCUGCUCCCGUCUGGGCCGAUGAUGUUGACAACAGGGUCAACUUUGGCAUGGACAUAGGGAAAGCGAGAGGAUUCUUCAAGUCGGGCGACAUGGUGAUUGUGGUGACGGGCUGGAUCCCAGGGUCCAAUCACACAAACAUUAUGAGGGCGGUCAGUGUCCCGUAACAAGCUGACUGGACUAAAUCUGACUGACAUGCUGACGUUUACAGUCAAUAUCACUAUAAAGUGCCUUUUGGUGUCAUUAUCAGAAUUUCUCAGUCAUCAUGAAAAUGUAAUAAAAUAAUGAAACUCUGUCUCAAAGGCACCUUAUAGUGAUAUUGACUCUUUAAAUGUGAUGAAAACCUGAGAACGACCCCUUUUUAAAAUAAAACGGUAAUUACUGUCACUUGCAGAUUCCCAUUUUGGCAGCAGCAUCAUUGUUAUUUAAAGCUUUAAUGGUAGGGAAACACUUCUCACUGGUCUCAUGAAUGUUGAUUUUCUGUUUAAAGUGUCUUAAUAGCUGUGACUCCUACCAAAUAAAACUUGAAUCAUUAA